CUUGCUUUCUUUUUUUUGUUCCGCACCUUCACUCCAUCGGUUGUAUAAUACCCCUCUUCAUUCGACUACUUGUCAUCCGCCAACAUUCACUGAUACAAUGAAGCUGCUCGCUACCUCCCUUUGUCUUCUCGCCGCCGUGAGCCUUGCUGCCCAGGCUGCCUCAGAACAAGCACAAACAUACUUUGGACAGGCCUUACAACGAGAUGAGACUGAGGGCACCGUCAGUGAAUUCGAAUACCGCGGCGCCAUCCUCAACCAACUCUCACUCUCGAAUUCUGAGCCCAAGGGGGACGGUGUUAGUGCUGCUCCGGAGGAGCCCUCAAUGAAAGAGGCGCCAGCUCCCACAACAGAGGCACCGGCGCCGCCCGCUGGCGAAAUAAGGGUGGACACACCAGCGCCGCCCGCUGACAAUACAGUUGUAGAGUCUUCGGCGGAGCCAGUGGCUCCAGUGGCUCCAGCUCCUCCUGCCAUAAGCCCGAUCGCAGCUGUCACUCCAGCCCCAGAUUGCACCAACUCUGAGAACCUCUUGAAAACCGUCAUUUCAGCUCUCUCCGACCAGCUAGAGCUAGCGCUGAACCUGCUUCCUAUCCCAGAUGUUGUGAAGCAGCUCAUUAAGGUUGCGCUUACUCCUCUGAUCAACAUUGUUGUUGGAGAAUUAAGGCUCAUUACACCCGCCAUCGCCAGAGGAUUAAGCAUGGCCGUUCGAAUUAUCAAUUCAGCAUUGAAGGCCCUGCAGACGCUCCCCCCGUUCGCAGAUGCCUUCACUGCAGUGAUUGACAUCUUAAACAAGGUCCAAAACGUCGUGGACGUGUAUGUUAGCUGCCCAGUAACAGGCGCUGUUGCUCCUAAGGGAACAAGCAAGCUGGAGGUGACCUCGUGCGGUAUGACUGCCGAUGUGUACCGCGCCCUGGUGAAGGACUCGAUCAAGAGCAUCCCCGCUUCUUCUUCUGAUUCCGAGCCGCUUAAGCAGAUUACGACUGGGUCCUCUGCGGUCUUGGAGCUCAUGGACAAAAGCUCUAUCGCGAACUCGAACAAUGCCCUUUUGGAGACACGCCCGAUCUUUGUGGCCAACUUGCUGGAGCAGUACCGUCAGGAACUCAUCCAUCUUGCCGAUAACGACAAUCUCAAGGCGUACGCACAGGCCAACCUUGGUAUGGUUGUCAGUUUGUCGAAUGCGCUCGAGGCAUGUGUCCGUAUCGCCGCCGAUCCCGUUGUGGCUGCUGAAGAUUACGCUGAGAACUACGCGGCUGUGGCCGGAGAGGAGGCUAACAAGGUCGAUGAGUAGGGCGAGCAGGCAUAAAUGGUGGUUUUUUUUUUUUUUUUGGACA